CUUCGGGUGCUAAGGUGGCCAGCCAAAACCGCGAAACCCGGCUCAAUGGUCAGCCAUGAUCUGCUGUGGGAACAUGGCACUGAGAUGAUCCUCAGAAUUAUUCUGACAAGCCCAACACUUGCCUUGUCUUAGCCCAAACAAAAGUAAACAAAUAAUAGAUCUAGUAAACACAAUGAAGUCUCUCUUGAAGUUCAUUACCGGUGCGUCCAAAAAGGAGGACAAUGGCAGCCGAAAGAAGAAGGACGCAUUGGAUAGUGAAGCUAAAAGCAAGAGUAAGGGUACAAGCAAGAGUAACAAGGAUAGAAAAAGCAGGAAGGAGGCAAAGAUCAAGAGGUCAGCUAAAGGCUCUGUCGUCAGCGAACAAACCGAAGCUACUACUCUCAGUGAUGCUGCUGUGAACGAACACUUGAUCCAGGAUUACAUUUCCAAGGUAAAUGAACACGCAUCAGUAGAAGAGCUGCUCCAAUUCUACGCCCGUGAGGACGCGCCCAUCAAGUUUGACGACAUGGCCCCCAUGCCUGCCGUGGCAGUGCAGACAGAGAUUGUGAACCUCACCAAGAGCUUUAAGGAUUUCAAGUUCAGCUAUGACUCUGUCAAGGAAAUCAAACCAGGCGUGGUGCAGGUAGACGAGUUGGUGGUGUCAGGAACUCACAAUGGGGAACCUUAUAAAUUUGCAGUAUUCCCUCCUGUCCCAGCCACUGGCAAGCAUGUUGUGUUAGACCCAGAGAGGUCGUGGUUUUACAUGAAUGAUGGGAAGAUUGUCAAGGAGGUCAUCACGGCACUCGGCAACCUCACAGGGCCUCCUGGCAUGUACAUUUCUAUUGGAGGAAACAUGGACAUGGCACCCCCACCACCUCAAGAGGAGGAAUCGCCUUAGGAGCAUGCGUCUCCUUGUAACUACUGCCUGACUGAGGUUUGCUUUGGGAUACUUGCAAUAAUGAACACACAUGUAUUUGAUAUGAGGUUGCCCAUCGUCCAGCCAUGUGCGAUUUCAUUGCAUUGUUAUUCGAUCGAAGGCUGUAGUCAUCUUCCGGGUAUGAAUGACACUACAACUGCAUACUUGAGGCUUUGUAUUCUGCCAUAUAUCGCAUUGCCAACCUUGUUGGUCCACUGAACGUUAUCGAGACUGUGUCAAAUCAUCUAGGACUUUGAACCAAGAAACCAGAAUAGCUCACUGAGACUGAAGUUGGUUUGGCAGCAUGACGGUCUCAUUUUGGAUCUUGUUGCUUUCUUAAAAUAAUAGCCAUACGCUUGUAGCUACUAGUAUCUGGGUGGGAUUGGCAGUGUGCAAGGAGGAGCACCUACAGGGUCAGUGCGUCAGAACGCGGAAACUGAGAGUGUAUGAACCAAUAGAGUUGCCUUCCGACAUGGAC